CGUGAGGCGCGGUGAGUGCUGAGGCGGCUUCGUGCUGUGGAGGCCGCGCUUGAGGCGGUUCUGGUCUUGGGAAGUGUGCGAGGCGCGCUGGGCCGUCAGCUCUCCUCACGAGUUCUAGAAUCAGUAGGAUUUUAUAUAGAGAGUGGGUUUGGGGCGCUCUGAGGUCUUACGAGCACGGAGAUGAGUCAUCUGCUGGAAUACGGCAGGAGAAAAUAAAUCAUUUUAUCUAUAAGAAAAAGGUAUGCUGCUCACUAAAACUUGAGUAGCUUUCCGUUGCUGCUUGCUGUAGCUCCGAUUGACAAGUGGCCGUGAUUCCCAGCAGCGCCUUCUCUUUUCUCCUGCCAUGCCCUAAAGAGAGGGGCAGGGAGCGCUCGGUAGACCUGAGAGCCCAAAACCACAGACUUACACCCUGCUUUCAUAGCCCAGGAUACAAUAAACUGAUACCUUCUUAAGCAUUCGUUUUGCGAGCAAGCUAAUUCGAAUGCUUUUCUUACAUAGGGAUAUGGUUUUUUUUUCCUAAGGAUCCUUAUGUGUAGGGCUCUAAAAGCUCUUAUUUCAUACAGCUUUGACACAAGUAGAUUUUAGAUAGUUUUAUUGCAUAAAUUUCAGCUCUUAUACUUGCAGAAGCUCCAAACAAGCAAUAUUGUUUGUAUUUUUAUUUUGAAGCAAAGCUAAAGCAAUUUAGGAGCAGAUAACAUCAAUUACUUAAUCUCUUACAUAGAGGCAUGUUUUCCUUUAGGAGAAGAACUGUAGAAAUCAACCUGAAAUCUGCUUACCUACUUGGAAGUAACUGAGAAUGACUCCUUUAUUUUAUACUUCAGUUAAACAAGAUGGAUUAAUUCAGAGUUUGAGUAAAUCUGGUGAAGAAAAAACUCAUUGUCAUGGGUUUGGCUGAAGAGGAAAUAAAGGCAGAGCAGGAGGUGGUGGAGGGGAUGGAUAUCUCCACUCGAUCCAAAGGUUUGUUUGUAUCUGACGUAGAUCCUGGCUCUGCCGAACGCACUGCACAAAAAAGGAAGUUUCCCAGCCCUCCACAUUCCUCUAAUGGCCACUCACCCCAAGAUGCAUCAACAAGUCCCAUAAAAAAGAAAAAGAAACCUGGUCUAUUGAACAGUAAUAAUAAAGAACAGUCAGAACUAAGACAUGGUCCGUUUUACUAUAUGAAGCAGCCACUCACCACAGACCCUGUUGAUGUUGUACCACAGGAUGGACGGAAUGAUUUCUAUUGCUGGGUUUGUCAUCGGGAAGGCCAAGUCCUCUGCUGUGAACUCUGCCCUCGGGUUUAUCAUGCUAAGUGUCUGAAACUGACAGCGGAACCAGAGGGGGAUUGGUUUUGCCCAGAAUGUGAGAAAAUCACAGUUGCAGAAUGCAUAGAAACACAGAGUAAAGCUAUGACAAUGCUCACCACUGAACAACUAUCAUAUUUGCUCAAGUUUGCACUACAGAAAAUGAAACAGCCAGGGACAGAGCCAUUUCAAAAGCCAGUUUCACUGGAUCAACACCCAGAUUAUGCAGAGUAUAUCUUUCAUCCAAUGGACCUUUGUACAUUAGAGAAGAAUGUUAAAAAGAAAAUGUACGGUUGCACUGAAGCAUUUUUGGCUGAUGCCAAAUGGAUUUUGCACAACUGCAUUAUUUACAAUGGGGGAAAUCACAAAUUGACACAAACAGCAAAAGUCAUCAUCAAAAUCUGUGAGCAUGAGAUGAAUGAAAUUGAAGUGUGUCCGGAAUGUUACUUAGCUGCUUGCCAAAAACGAGAGAAUUGGUUUUGUGAGCCUUGUAGCAAUCCUCACCCUUUGGUCUGGGCUAAACUCAAAGGCUUUCCGUUCUGGCCUGCUAAAGCACUGAGGGAUAAAGAUGGGCAAGUUGAUGCCCGUUUCUUUGGCCAACAUGACAGGGCCUGGGUUCCAAUAAAUAAUUGCUACCUCAUGUCUAAAGAAAUUCCUUUUUCUGUGAAAAAGACGAAAAGCAUCUUCAAUAGUGCAAUGCAAGAAAUGGAGGUUUAUGUUGAUAACAUUCGUAGAAAGUUUGGAGUAUUUAAUUACGCACCUUUCCGGACACCGUAUACUCCCAAUAACCAAUACCAAAUGUUACUAGAUCCUACAAACCCAACUGCUGGAACUGCAAAGACAGACAAGCAAGAGAAAAUCAAAUUGAACUUUGAUAUGACAGCAUCACCGAAGAUUCUCAUGAGCAAGCCUAUGCUGAGCAGCAGCACAGGUCGUAGGAUUUCGCUGACAGAUAUGCCGCGGUCACCAAUGAGUACAAACUCAUCAGUCCACACCGGAUCUGACGUUGAGCAGGAUGCAGAGAAAAAGGCAACUUCCAGCCAUUUUAGUGCAAGUGAAGAAUCCAUGGAUUUUAUUGAGAAAAAUACAGCUUCUCCUGCACCAACAAGAACAGGUCAAGCAGGGAGCUUGUCAGGCAGUCCCAAACCCUUCUCUCCUCAAGCGUCAACACCAAUUUCUGCUAAGCAAGAAAGAACUGCCACUCCAGGGAGCAUUCUGAAUCUGAAUCUUGAUCGAAGCAAAGCUGAGAUGGAUCUGAAAGAGCUGAGUGAGUCAGUCCAACAGCAGUCCACUCCUGUGCCACUCAUUUCACCAAAACGACAGAUACGUAGUAGGUUCCAGCUUAAUCUUGACAAGACAAUAGAGAGUUGUAAAGCACAACUUGGAAUAAAUGAAAUAUCUGAAGCUGUUUAUACUGCAGUAGAACACAGUGACUCUGAAGAUUCUGAAAAAUCUGACACCAGUGACAGUGAAUAUAGUGAUGAGGAUCAGAAAUCUAAGAAUGAUCAAGAAGAUGGAGAGGAUAAGGAAGGUACAAGAAGUGACAAAGAAUCAUUAACCUUGAAAAAAAAACCUAAGCCCCCUGCACAGAAUGAAGAUAAGGAGGAACUUAAAAGCACAAGUCCAGAAGUGGAGAAAACAGACGAUCCAGUCAAAGAAAAGGCAAUUACAGACACUGAAAAAGAAUUUUCUGAAAAGGGAAAAAGUUUGCAACAUCCUGCAAAAGAAAAACUGAAAGGUAAAGAUGAAACAGACUCUCCAACAGUGCAUCUAGGACUGGACUCUGAUUCUGAGAGUGAACUUGUCAUCGAUUUGGGAGAUGAUCAUUGUGGGCGUGAAGGACGGAAAAACAAGAAAGAAUCAAAAGAACCUCCUCCUAAACAAGAUGUUGUAGGUAAAACUCCACCUUCUUCCAGUACAAGCACCCAGCCCCUGCCAGAAACUCCAGUUCUCACCCGCUCAUCGUCCCAGACUCCACCAGCUGGUGUGACUGCAACUACUACUGCUACUUCUACUGUUAGUGCUCCAUCUGCAGCCACUGGAAGCCCUGUGAAAAAGCAGCGGCCUCUGCUGCCUAAGGAAACUGCCCCUGCUGUGCAGCGAGUAGUGUGGAAUUCUUCAAAUAAGUUUCAGACAUCUUCUCAGAAAUGGCACAUGCAGAAGGUGCAGAGACAGCAGCAACAGCAGCAGAACCAGCAGUCUCAGUCACAGCAACCUCAAUCCUCUCAAGGGACAAGAUAUCAGACAAGACAAGCAGUUAAAGCUGUGCAGCAAAAAGAGAUCACCCAGAGCACUUCCACAUCAACUAUAACUUUGGUUACAAGUACUCAACCUAUUUCUAUGGUUACCAGUUCUGGAUCUGCAAAUACACUUUCUUCCUCAGUUAAUACAGACUUGCCAAUCGCAACAGCUUCAGCUGAUGUGGCUGCAGACAUUGCUAAAUACACUAGCAAAAUGAUGGAUGCCAUCAAAGGAACGAUGACUGAGAUAUAUAACGAUCUUUCAAAAAAUACCACUGGAAGUACAAUAGCUGAGAUUCGACGUUUGAGGAUUGAGAUAGAAAAGCUUCAGUGGUUACAUCAGCAGGAACUCUCAGAAAUGAAGCAUAAUCUGGAACUGACAAUGGCUGAAAUGCGUCAGAGUCUAGAACAAGAACGAGAUCGUUUGAUUGCUGAAGUGAAGAAGCAACUGGAAAUGGAAAAGCAGCAAGCAGUGGAUGAAACUAAAAAGAAGCAGUGGUGUGCCAACUGCAAGAAAGAGGCCAUUUUUUAUUGCUGUUGGAACACUAGCUACUGUGACUAUCCCUGCCAACAAGCUCACUGGCCAGAGCAUAUGAAAUCUUGUACACAGUCAGCUACUGCAACACAGCAAGAAACCGAUACUGAAAUUAACACAGAAACAUUAAAUAAAUCAUCCCAGCCCAGUUCAAGUGUGCAGCCUACACCCACGGAAACAGCCAGCACCCCCAAGGAAAAGGACGUUUCAACUGAUAAAAGCAAAGAAAGUGUUACAAUAGCAACAGGUGUGACAAGCAACCAGCCUAUAAAACUGGUCCAGGUACCGCAGACCACCACCUAUCCAACUACUCAACCCUCAAUUGUAAGUACUAUGUCAUCAUUUAAAGUCUGCAGUAGUACUGUUCCUGGCAUUAAAAUUGCACAGUAUUUUUGGGGGGUUGUCUCCAUUUGCUGUUCUAUUAAGAUAUGAAUUCACUGGUGUAGUUUCAAUUUGCAGUGCAAAAUGUCCUAUUUUGCUGCGCAACAUUCCACCCUUCCAUUUCAUCACUGAUUAUUACAAGGAUUCAGAAGCUCUCCUUAAGAACAGCUAAGGCACUGAGGAUAGUCAGACUUCCAUUUUACAUUAUUGUGUUAGUUAUUUGUCCGUUUCAUGUAUAUACUUGAACACAACAUCAAUGUAAAUAUAUAGAAUUCAUUUAAAAUAUCUUUUAAAUAUCUUUUUUGUCUAUGGUAUCCUAAAGAGAUUUAACGAAUUCUGAGCUAUGCUUGAUAUUUCCAUGACAUCUCAGUAACUAUGAAAGAAAAAUAUGCAUUCAUCAAUAGUCUAUCUCCCAUGCAGUCUUGCACAUUAGCGUUGUGAAAUUGAGAAAUAGCAUUGAAUUCAGACCUGUUUUUUUCCAUUGAAAACUUAACCAAGGACACUUGAAUACCCUUUUAUCAAUCACUGGAGAUGGGACAGCAGUGAGGUUUGUUUUUUAUGUUUUGCAUACCACAGUAUCACAUUCUUUCAGUGUGAUAUUCGUUCAUGUUCUGCAGUGUUCGCUUCACUGUCAGCGUGGCAUCUGAGCUGACCUCCUACCAAAAAGAAAAAUGCUGAUACUGCACUGGUAACUGAACUGCAUGCCUUGUCUCGAGCAGUGGGCUCAGCUAAGCAGCCCAUGUUUAGGUAACUUCAGUUAAUUUUCUGACUGAAGUUAGGUAAUAGAAGUUCGAUUUUGAUAUUGUGAGUGUGAGGCCCAAUUAGCUAAGUCAUUGACUUUCUUUUGCUUUGUUUACACACACAGACAUGCAUGCACCCCCACUAGCUGCAACGUUCACACACCUGUAUGUAGGAAUACAUGCAUCUCCACAUGUACAAUGCAGUGUUUCAUAGCCAUCACAUUUGACAGAAAAAAUGUAUUGCUCAUAGUGGAUAUCAUCAAGUGGAUGACUUGUCACAUUCCUAAGCAUUUAUACUCAACUCGUUUGUCUCAACUGAGAGCACAGUGCACCUUUGCAGGAUUGGCCCUAAGCUGUUUGAACUGAAUUGCCAUAACAAGGCUUUGUGUGUUUGCAAUCAAAUAGCAAGCUUCAAAGAAGUUAGGCGCUCUUGUGAAUAGUUGAGAGGUUCUAAGAUCGUAAGGUGGUUUCAUGUAACAUUCAGAAAAAUGGCAGUAACCUUCAUCAGUUUUCUGUAAUACAAAGUGUUGAGUAAUGUGAAGCGUAAGUGGAACGUCUGAAGGUUUCAACCUUUAUUUGUGCAUGUUUGAAACGUUGUACACAUUUGCAUUAGCCUUGCACAGCUACAGACACCUCUGUACUCUAAUGAUUGCACGUGCAAUUUAAAUAAUUUUAAACCUUAAUGCAUGUUUAAUAUGUAUGCAAAAUGUACAAAUGUGAAAAGCUGGCAGAGGUGGAAAAUUUACCUCUCAGGGAAUGAUCCUAACACAUUUAAGGAGUCUUGCACAUUCCAUAUCCCGCUCACUCUAAUAACUGAAACUUAAUUUUUUCAUUUGUGUAAGUGUGUAUAUGUAAAAGACAGCUGUGGCAACCUGAAUUUUCCUACCUGUAGUGCUAACAGUGAUGUACAUAAUGGCUUCUUUAGAGUUCAAUUUGCACUUUGUUUCCCACUAGGCAUUUCCUCCCUCUGAACAACUUUCAGUGUAUCUUCUGGGUGCCGUUUCCACUGAACCCUCUUUACACCUCUAAAAUCCAUUAUCAAAUGACAUUAACCUUGAAUUUAUUCAGAGAACUGAUUUCACAUUUGGGUUUUAUUCUUUUUGCAGUUAAAAUGUCAUAAACAUUUAAAUUCAUCAUCUUUGCAUUCCAGGGAAUGGAGUGAGUAGGCUUCAGGAAGGCACAGAUUUUGUCACAAAGGAGCUGAUCAACACUAGGCUGUAAUCCAUCUCAGUAGGGAUAUUCUCAAUCUUUUCUGAAUACCAUCAAGACACUAAUGUGGUUUCUUAAAUUUAUGGGGGGAAACACAGGGCUUCAGUGAAGUUGUGUUGUUCUUCCACAUUUGCUCUGGAAGCUUACACUAAUCUUAAGGGGGCGUCCUGGGAGUCCCUUUCAGAUUUCACAAAUUCUCACUCUUGUUUCUUCCACAAAACGUUGUGAACUGAAAUGGAUGCAUUUGUUUGAUCACCAGUUGUCCAUCACUGGCAUUGUAUCAAAACGUACUUGCAGUUCGUGUGGCAUAAACGUUUCUAAGCUUUCUCACGUUUUUGUAGGAAGGUUAAGAUACAGAUUUAAGAUUCAAUAAAUCCUUUUCCAGAUGUUCUA